AUGGCUCUGAGGACUCGGAGAUCAAAACUGUGCAGAAAGUCGAAUUAUGAAUUACAAGAUGAGGAGAUCGAGAUUUAUGAGCAACAAAUCAAACAAGCAGCUAUUGAUCAGCAAGUUGCCAAUAAAAUAAAGGAGCAUGGACAGCAGGAUAGUGUUAUGAAAUCACAACCAAAAAUUAGUCAAGUAGCUCGGGGACAACAGGCUAUUGGGGGUCAAGAUAUGACUUUGAGGACUCGAAAAUCAAUUGCACAAAGAAAGUUGAACCAUAGAUUACAAGAUGAGGAUGUAUCUCAUAGAUUACAAGAUGAGGAAGAGAUACAGGAAUACGAACAGCAAAGUACCAAUCAAACAGAAGAGAAUGAGCAACAAUUGCAGCCAGAAUUUAGUGAGGGACAAGGUUCAUCAAAGAAAAGUCGGGGUCCAACUUACUUACCUAAUCUUUGGGCAAGAAACUCAAAUGAAGGGCGCAUACUUGUGAAUUUCAACAAGAGAGGUCAGCCUAUUGGCCCCAAUAAAAAGAUUUUUACGGGGUUUUUGGGUACAUUGGCAAGAAAUAGCAGGUUUACUCCUCUUGACAUUGAAGACUGGCGAAAAAUGCCAAAAAUAAGAAAGGAUGAAUUACUAAGGAUGGUGAAGGAGAGAUUCGAAGUUCCCAAAGAUGCAGACCAUUGGAUUUUGUUGUCUAUAGGCAAAAAGAGGAGACAUUGGAAAUCUAGAGUCAAAGGUGGGUCUUUUGUUCCUACAUUAGCGAUCGAGAAUCAGGCCCACAAUAGACCUAUUCGGGUACAUGAAGAUCAGUGGAAGAAUUUGUUAUCAUAUUGGGCAAAAGAAGAUGUACAGGAAAUAAGUGAUAAAAAUAGAGAUCAUAGAAAGUGUUCUUCUAUGCAACAAACUACUGGAAAGAUAAGUUUUGCCGAAGUUGAGGAAGAGUUGAAAGAAAAAUUGGGUCGAUCCCCAUCACGUGUCGAGAUGUUUGAAGCUUGUUACACUGAUCUCAGUGGUAACCCAUCAUCCGAUGAAGUUGGAGUUGCACUGGGAGAAAUGAAAGAAAUUCAAUCUAAAUUUUCAACUGAUUUCCAAGAUUCAGUUGGACCAAGUGACACAUUUUCUAGAGUUAUGGGCAAAGAACCCCGUGGUAGAGUACGAAUGAUUGGUUUAGGUGUUAACCCUUCUGACAUAUCAGGUGGUGUUCCUAGUCGUAGUGAGUGUUAUCGAAUGUUUUUGGAAAAUCAAGAAGCGCUGGUAAGAAUGGAAGAAAAAGUAAACGCAGCGACAACUCUGAUUGCAAGUUUAACAAAAAAAAUGCAGCAGAAUACUAGUUUUUCUACAGGACAGCAACCUACAUCUCCGAGUCAGUCGUCCAACUCAGUAAAUAUAGGACACUCUUUUCAGGUUGGGGAUGAGGUGCUUUUGAAAAGCUUAUUCAAUUCUAGAAAAGCUGUGGCAAAAGGUCGUAUUCGUAGUGUUGAUCCAAAUCAAGAAGUUGGAGGAAAACGACUUGGACUACAAUGGUGUGAAGUUCAAGUUUCAGUUCCAAUAGAAUGGGAUGAAGAACUAAUUAGGCCGUAUUCAAAUUUGUCUACAAUUGGAGACGCAAUCGGAACAUGCGUUGCAUGGCCUCACCACUUGGUGAAAGCCGAUGAUUUGGAUUGA